UUUGGAGCCGAACAUCACCAAACUUGAUGUUCGACUCAAAAACUUACAUGAGUUCAAGUAAGCAUCGAGCUCUAUUCUUGGCAAUGGUUUGUCUCGUUUGCAAUCCUACCUUGAAAUUCCUUUCUAGUUUUCCUCCAUAACUCCCACAAAUGGAAAUGCUUCCCCAACCCAUUUUUUCAUCCACUUUUGUGUGCAUCAUCACCAUCUUCUCCAUCUUGCUCCUUCUCCCACCAUCAUACAGCGAUCCCUUGGAUGAGUUCAUAAAGUGUAACCGUUCUGCUUCCUUCGAGUGCGGCAGCCAUGGAACCUUUUACUAUCCUUUUUGGAACGACGAAACUCCGGAGCAUUGUCAUCCGCUUGGGAUAUUCCGCGUGAAAGACUGCGAAGAAGAUGUUCCCACCAUAGACUUUGGCCCAGAUGGUUCAUUCCUCCUGCAGCACAGAAACCCAUCAGAUUACAGCAAAUUGACCAUUGCUUCAAUUGAUUUAAAGGCAUAUAUUUGUCCCAAGACACCACAAAACAAAACUCUGCCUUUCUUGAAAUUCUCCGAAACCGACAGAAACCUCACUCUGUUCUAUAACUGUACAUCACCUCAAGGGCUACUCCCUGGAGAUGAGAUUGAUGAUUGCGGACCCAAUGACAACAGCAAACCCUUCUUUAUGCCUGAUUGGGAGGAACAUGAGAAGGAUGAUCGUUACGGGUGCAGUACUGUGAUAGUUGCGGUUAAUCAGACGGUUUUCAACAAAGUCUGGCAUGGGGAACUGACAUUGGUUGAUGCUUUGAGACAAUUUUGGUUUGAUGUGGAGUACAGCAGUAGUGCGAUUUUCUGUGAUCAAUGUGAGAAUUUAGGUGGCGAAUGCGAAAUCAAUUCGAGUUCAGAUCAGUAUCUACAAACAGCGUCAUGCCAGCAUCCUCCAGGUCCAGGUCGGGAUGAAGGUCCGGGUCGAGGUAUGGAUUAUCUAUGCAAAACAAUUUGGUUUUAGUUUGGUGUAGUGCUUACGUCUUAGGAUUAUUCUGUUCUGGCAAGUCCAAUACUAUAGCUUCUUGGAAACUCACUGCUUGACGUUGUUCUGGUCUUCUUUGAACAAGUCAACGUGACUAGCAGCUUUGGUUGACUGCACUUUUAAACUUUAACCCAUUGGUGCAAAUUUGAAAUGACAAUUUGCUCCCACGCCCAUGAUCCUCCUCGCUGGUUUUUUCACCCAAUUGGAUGGCGACCUAGUAAAAUUGGCGGGAGCAUAGAUGACUGAGGGGUUAAGUGCUUCUCUCCCUCUAAGUGAAUGAAAGUUGAAACUACAAUUUUUUUUAGAAGGAAAAAAAAAAAUCUACAAAAAGUUUUUUGGGGCACGGGUUGCUUAAGGGAACUUAUGCCUUGAGUACUAGGCUAGGAAGUAGGAACGGGUUCCUUGAGAGAACUUAAUGCCUUGGGUGGCUUGGCACGGGUUGCUCAAGGGAACUUUUGCCUUGAGUAGGCUUGCUUGCAAAAGCUUUUGCGAGUUCAAGCUUGAAGCUUGGCUUAACUUCGAGUUUGAUUCAAGUUACUUGGUUAAAUUAUUUGUGUUUUACAUGGAACGUAGUAAUUUAAUCAAUUUCAUUAUCAAGC